AUGAACUCGGAAAAAAUGGAUCUUCAACAUCUCGUCAUCUCCCUUAGACGUGAGCUUGAGUCUACUCAAGUCACAAACAGGCUUAUUCAGACUCAGGCAGCAGGUCUGGCCGAAGAAGCAGCCGAACUGCGUCAACUCCUUUCCAGCGCCAAAGCCAAUGAGCUCGAGGCUUGCGAACAGUUGAAGAAA